ACUUUGAAAUGCAGAUGACUAAAUUGGAUGAGUCUGCUGAGCAGCUUAAAGAAGCAACUGAGAAAAUGAAUAUACAGAAUAAAAGGAUUCAGGAACUAAUGGACAUUGUGGAGCAAAAAGAUGAUGUUAUUAUGAGACUACAAGAUUUGAUAUCCCAUUUAGAAGAAACCGUAAAAGACUAUGACAACACUGUAACUACCAUUAAAAGAAAAUUGGCAGAAAAGAACUCUAACAAAGUGGUUGAAAGCAGCCAAUUCAAGGAUUGUGAGGAAAGUGUGUUGGAAGUGGGAAGAAAACGUUGCUUUGAAAAUAAGCCUACUGUGGAAGAAGAGCCACCUCCAAAGAAAGGAAAUAUGAAGGAGAGUUGGGAAGAUGACUAUCUAGAGCAAAAGAGAACUGAACACGUGAAAACAAAUGCUUCUGACAACUAUGUAGAAAUACUAGCACUGAAGGAAAGAACUGAAACCUUGGAAGGUCAGCUAGCUGUGCUUGAAGAACAAUGCAGAAGAGAGAAAAACGAAAAAGAAGAGUUCAGCGGGCAGAUGAAAAACUUGCAUCUCAAGCUCUCUGCUUCUGAAGAAAGGGCUUCUAGCUUAAGUGAAGAACUUCAGCAGUGUCGAGCUGACUAUCAGGAGGUUGUUUCUGAAUUGGACAAACAGAAAACUAUAAAUAGGGAACAAGAAGAAAAGAUUAUUCAGCUAAAUAAUGAAGUAGGAAGUGCCAAACAAAAUAUAAUUGAUAAAGUGUCACAAAUUAAAACAAUGCAGUCCAAAGUAGAUGAGUUGUAUAAAUGUCACUUAGAGUCUUAUGCUAUGGAUAUUGAUGUAGUUAAUCUAAAGGAUUCCUUAGACUCUCAAAAAGAUGAACCAGAGAGAUCGCAAAUGAGUCCUGUAUGCAUGCAGUCCCAAACUGCUUCUACAGCAGAUCUGAGACGGGAGAGCUCCUUUCACUGCAGUGUUGAAAGCAUUUGGGAAGAGUGCAAAAAUAUUAUUAAGGCUUCUUCACAAAAAAGUCAGCGGAUUCAAGAACUACUUCAACAAGUUGAAGACUUAAAAAAGGGACUUGAUGACACUGAGAAUUAUAAUAAUCAACUAAAAAUAAAAUUAAAUGAGAUUGCAAAUCAAGAUUGUCAGUCAGUAACGGAAAAAGAUCUUAUGAAUCAGUUACAAGAACAAAUCCAGAAGAAAACUCAGGAUUUUGAAAAACAGGCUGCAGAAGAUCACAGACUAAUUGCACAGUUUGAGGAGGAAGUUACCGGCUACAAGGGAAAAAUAAGAGAGCUUGAAUGCCUCUUGGAGGCUUCUAGAGCUAAAGAUGACAGCAUAACAAAGUUAGAAGAAGUACUUAAAGAAAAAGAAUCUAUUAUUUUAAAUCUAGAAAGUAAUACAGUAGCUCUGCAAGAGAAAUGUGCCAAUUCUGACAAAAAACUGAAAGAAUUAAAUGAUCAAGAAGCAAAUCUGAAAGAUGAAGUUGUACAGUUGAUGAACCGCAUGGAGAACAUGAAACACUCUCUUCAGGAAAAGGAGAAAAAAGAGGAUGAGCGAUUACAAUCUAUAGAAUUGCUACGUAAAGAUCUUUCGGAGAGCUCUGACCUUGUACAGAGUUUGAAAAAAGAUUUGCAGAGGAAAGAGGAAGAAUAUACAGAUUUGAAAGAGAAAUUUGCUGAUGCCAAGAAACAAAUUCAACAAGUACAAAAAGAGGUGUGUACAAUGCGAUCUGAGGAGGAAUCCCUGAGGAACAAAGUUAGUGAACUUCAGAAAAUUAAAAACCAGUUUAGUGAAGACUUAGAGAUCAAACAGCGCACAAUCCUGCAACUUAAAAAGCAGUUGAAUAAUGGGAAGCUGGAAGAAAUCUCCAAACAAUACGAGAAAACACGUAAAGAUCUGUGUGCAAAGGAAAAAAUAAUUGAAGAUAUGCGGAUGACGUUAGAAGAACAAGAACAGACUCAGGUUGAACAAGAUCAAGUGCUUGAAGCCAAAUUAGAAGAGACCAACAGAUUAGUUUUGGAACUGGAAGCGUGGAAGCAGAAAUAUAGAGCGCUGAGUAACCAGAGUGAUAGUGACUGGCAGCAAAAGAUGAGCAAAAAUGAGGAGAAAAACAUAAAUGAAAAUGAGGAAUUAAUAAAGCUGCAAAAAGAACUGAAGGAAAAUGAGGCAAAGUAUCAAACUGAUAGAAAGAGGUGGCUGGAGGAAAAAAUGAGACUCAUAAAUCAAGUAAAAGAAGCUGAGAGCCAUCGCAACAGAGAAAUGAGAAAAUUUGCGGAGGAGAGAGAACGUCAUGUAGAGCAACAAGCAGAAAUU